AUGGCUCACAUCUGCCAAUGUCUAAGUCGACUGUUAACCUUCCGGCGAGACUUCCAGGUAACUAUUUCCGGCAACCACCGCAAAACCGGUCAACAGUUUGUGGAGGAAGUGAUAUCACUAGCACACGGCCUUCUCCAGCUUGGAGUCUCCCCCGGUGACGUUAUCGCCAUCUCUGCUUACAACAGUGAUUCGUAUUUGGAAUGGUUAUUAGCCAUUGCAUUUGUGGGAGGAAUUGCCGCUCCUUUGAACUAUCGCUGGAGUUUUGAAGAGGCGAGGUUUGCAAUGGCAGUAGUGAAGCCAGUGAUGUUAGUGAUUGAUGAAAGUUGCUAUUUAUGGUACUUCAAAUUCCAACAAAUUGAUAUCCCAUCUUUGAAGUGGCGUGUUUUGUUGGAUUCUCCUUCUUCAGAUUUUACAAAGAAAUGGAAUGUGUUGACUCCAGGAAUGAUUAAGAAGCAUAUUGUGAAACCUAUAGAGUUUAAUUACUCCUGGGCACCUGAAGGAGCUGUCAUAAUAUGCUUUACUUCAGGAACUACUGGAAAACCCAAGGGAGUGACAAUAAGUCAUGAAGCUUUGAUCAUACAGUCCCUAGCAAAGAUUGCAAUAGUUGGAUAUAGUGAAGAUGAUGUUUAUCUUCAUACUGCUCCAUUAUGUCACAUUGGUGGCUUGUCAUCAGCAAUGGCCAUGCUCAUGGUUGGAGGUUGCCAUGUAUUCAUGCCAAAGUUUGAUGCAGAAUUAGCUGUGGAUGCCGUAGAACAACAUACUGUCACAUCUUUUAUCACAGUUCCUGCCAUAAUGGCCAGUUUGAUUUCUAUUGUUAGGCACAAAGAAACAUGGAACGGGGGAGAAUCUGUCAAGAAAAUACUCAAUGGGGGUGGAAGCCUCUCACUUGAGCUUAUCAAAGACAGUAACAUAUUCUUCCAUAAAGCUAAGCUUAUUUCAGCUUAUGGGAUGACAGAGGCAUGCUCUUCACUGACAUUCUUGACACUAUAUGAUCCACUGCAAAAAACCACAAGCCAUCCUUUUCAAACAUAUGGUGAGGUAGAAUCCAAACAUCUCAUUCACCAACCACAAGGUGUUUGUGUUGGCAAGGCUGCACCUCAUGUAGAGCUGAAGAUAUGUACAGAUUCUUCUGGUGACACUGGAAGAAUUUUAACUAGAGGACCACAUUUAAUGGUCAGGUAUUGGGAUCAAACUCUCACAACCUCAUCUAAUCAGAGGAAUGAAGUAUGGCUUGACACAGGUGACAUUGGAUCAAUGGACUGUCAUGGUAAUUUGUGGCUCCUUGGACGUACAAAUGGUCGCAUCAAGAGUGGCGGGGAGAAUAUUUAUCCUGAAGAGGUUGAGGCAACUCUACUAGGACACCCGGGAAUUGCAAAUGUUGUUAUUGUGGGAAUUCCAAAUGCUCGUUUCACAGAGUUGGUAGCAGCAUGUAUCCAACCUAGUAAAAAUUGGCAAUGGUUAGAGCAUUCUACUUCAAAUGAAGAGUGUCACUUAUCUAAAAAGAAUCUUCAACAAUACUGUUUGGAAAAUAGUUUAAGCAGGUUUAAGAUACCAAAGAUAUUUAUUGAAUGGAAGAAGCCUUUUCCAGUCACUACCACAGGAAAAAUAAGAAGAGACCAAGUUCGAAAGGAGGUUGUGUCUGAGCUACAAUCUUUGCAUAGUAAUCUUUGA